GCUCGUACGUCACGUGAUAACGUGAGGCCAAUCCCCUUUCAUAUAAGAAGCCCUCUGGAAAAUCGUAUCAUCUGACCGUCCAUUUCGCUGGGAAAGGUUUUCGUCGCAGUUUAUUGCUAUCUGGAAACCCUUAACAACACAGGGCGACUCUUCCAAGCGUCGACUCUUAUCGCUUUCGUCGACUUUUGAACAAGGGUCAUGAGUUGGCAAGUGCCGCCACAAGAACCUCCGCCGACUGGAUUUUACCCUGGACAACAAGGACCUCAGCCAGGUUUCUACCCAGGCCAGAAUAACCCAGGUCAGGGAUACCCUGGCCAAGGAUACCCAGGGCAAGGCUAUCCUGGUUACCCGCCGCAGGGUGGAGGCUAUCCACCUCAAGGAGGCUAUCCAUCACAAGGAGGCUUUCCUCCACAACCCGGUUUUCCUGGUGCCCCAGGAGGUGCUCCUUUCAUACAACCCAGACCAGAGAUGUAUGGUGGAAUGCAUGACGCCGAAGACCCGCUUGCGGGCACCGGCGGCUUCGAGUUCUCCGACAAAUCGAUUCGACGAGGAUUCAUCCGCAAGGUGUACAGCAUCCUGAUGUUGCAGUUGCUAGUCACCUUCGGUUUCAUCUCAAUCUUCGUUUUCAAUGAAAAUACCAAGUUGUGGGCCAGGCAGAAUGUCUGGAUCACAUACGUGGCCCUUGGAGUCACCGUUGUCACCAUGCUAGUCAUCGCCUGCUGCGGAGAGAUUCGGCGCAAGGCUCCAAUGAACUUCAUCUUGCUCGGCGUGUUCACGCUGGCCGAGUCGUUCUUGAUGGGUGUGAUCAGCUCUUUCCACCAAGGCGAGGCGGUAUUCAUGGCCGUGGGCAUCACGGCUGUGGUGUGCUUGGCGCUGACGCUGUUCGCAUUCCAGACCAAGUGGGACUUCACCAUGAUGGGCGGCAUCCUGCUGGUGGCGGCGGUCGUGUUCCUGGUCUUCGGCCUGGUUGCCAUGUUUUUCCCUGGCAAGACGAUGACACUGGUCUACGCCUCGAUUGGCGCGGUCCUCUUCUCUGUCUACCUCAUCUACGACACCCAGAUGAUGAUCGGCGGCAACCACAAGUACUCCAUCUCCCCUGAGGAGUACAUCUUCGCCGCACUCAACAUCUAUAUGGACAUCAUCAACAUCUUCAUGUACAUCCUCACCAUCAUUGGAGCGUCCUCGAGGGAUUAAUUUGGCUCCCAGCUUGAUUUCCAUUGUAUUAAUUUAUAGCUUGAUGAGAGUUGAACUUCUGGCAAAUUCAGUUUUUUUUUGUACUUUGACUGAUGUUAUUUUAAAAUGUAAUUAAAUAUUAAAAUCGCCCUCCCUAAAACUUAGCUGUAUAAUCGCUUGGAAAUUUCGAGUUUUUCUAAUUGUAAUUCUUGGCUAGUUGUGAAGCGCUUUUCAGCUCCUCUAUCAAUUGCAUGUGAAAUUUUCCUACCACAAACUACUCUCUCUGUAAUCCCUUUCUCUGCUAGGGCUAAGUCCCGAAAUUCAAUAAGGCUGAUAUGCUUUCUUAUUUUGUUGUGGAUUCUACCAGACGUCACAUGGGCGUGUACAACUAAAUCGCAAAUAUUCAUGAUGUAAUAUUAUAGAGGCAAUGGAUAUAAUUCAGCAAUCGAGUAACAUGUAAUUCUAUUGGUGUGAUGCAAAUUGCUUUCAAUGAGCACAUAUUUUGAAAUUGUCUUAUGAUAUGCUAUGAUAUACACAAAGGUGCACCAUCCAAGAAUCGAUGUUUACGUCUCAUUACUCGAAAUUGGGGAAAUUUGGACCAUGACGACAAUAUAUACUCAAGAUGCGCUUACUACCGCUACAAUAAAAAACAAAAACAGUGUGUAGGUACUGUAGAGACAUUAGGCGUCUAGCGGAAGUUGUGAGUAAUAAGCCGUGAUUAAAGCUUUCAAUCAGUUAUUGGUCCAGGUGUCCUUAAUUGUCUCAUUUUAUGUUAUCAUCAUCGAAUACCAAAAGCCAUAUUCAAAGAAUCGUGGCAUUUUUAGUUGUAAGCUUAACAGGCCUUGUGUAAUUAUAAUUCCCUUUUGUAUAUUUUGGUCAAUAUCAUGAGUAUUAUUUCCUUCAUUCUGGAGAAAAUUGUAUUUUCCCGUUUGAUCUUAAAUUAAAUUGGAUAUCUUAAA